CAUUCUGGGUGGAGCAUCGGUGGCGUACACGUCGAUCUGCGCUCUCAGCUACCAUAACCGGGCAAGACUCUUAGUUUUGAUAUCAUUCUUAAAACUCCCAUUUGUUUUUAAAGUUUGAUCAAGUUUAUCAGUCUUUAAACUCGUGAUUUUAAAUACGGAAUAGAAAAGAGAAAAUCACCAACAGAAGCAGCAGCUAGUUUGUCACGCACGACUAUUUUUACGAAACUAGCCGGGAAUUUUUUUUUUUAAGUGAUCGUCGGAGGCAGCAACUUCAGACAGGAUGCGUGAGUGUAUCAGCGUGCACAUUGGGCAGGCUGGCGUGCAGAUGGGCAACGCCUGCUGGGAGUUGUACUGCCUUGAACAUGGAAUCCAGCCCGACGGUCACCUUGCUGAGGACGCCCCACAGGAGGAAAAUAUGUAUACCACCUUCUUCCAAGAGACUGGUCGAGGAAAAUAUGUUCCCAGGGCUAUCUAUGUGGACCUGGAACCUACCGUUGUUGACGUGGUUCGCACUGGACCCUACCGCCAGUUAUUCCACCCAGAGCAGCUGAUCAACGGGAAGGAAGACGCCGCCAACAACUAUGCCAGGGGUCACUACACCAUCGGCAAGGAACAGGUCGACCUCGUACUCGACAAGAUGCGCAAGAUGGCUGAUGCUUGUUCAGGUCUCCAGGGCUUCUUGGUGUUCCAUUCCUUUGGUGGAGGCACUGGAUCUGGCUUCACUUCCCUCCUGAUGGAAAGGCUGUCAGUGGACUACGGCAAGAAGAGCAAACUCCAAUUUACUGUCUACCCUGCACCACAGAUUUGCACAGCAGUGGUGGAACCCUACAACUCCAUCCUUACGACACACACCACACUGGAGCACUCUGACUGUGCCUUCAUGGUUGACAAUGAGGCCAUCUAUGAUAUAUGCCGCAGGAACCUGGGGAUUGAACGCCCCUCAUACGAAAACCUCAACCGAUUGAUUGGUCAAAUUGUGUCCUCCAUCACUGCCUCUCUCAGGUUUGAUGGUGCCCUCAAUGUGGACCUGACAGAGUUCCAGACUAACUUAGUGCCUUACCCACGUAUCCACUUCCCCCUAGUGACCUACGCUCCAGUCCUCAGUGUCGAGAAGGCUUACCAUGAGCAGCUGUCUGUCGCCGAGAUCACCAACGCCUGUUUUGAGCCCAAUAACCAGAUGGUGAAGUGUGACCCUCGCCGAGGAAAGUAUAUGGCCUGUUGUCUGCUCUACCGUGGAGAUGUUGUUCCCAAGGACGUCAACUCUGCCAUUGCUGCCAUUAAGACUAAGCGACAGAUCCAGUUUGUUGAUUGGUGUCCCACAGGAUUCAAGGUUGGGAUCAACUAUCAGGCUCCCACAGUAAUCCCCAAUGGAGAUAUGGCUCCAACCCAACGAGCUGUCUGCAUGAUUUCUAACACAACAGCCAUUGCCGAGGCCUGGGCCAGGCUUAAUCACAAGUUCGACCUGAUGUACUCCAAGAGGGCUUUCGUCCACUGGUAUGUUGGUGAGGGCAUGGAAGAAGGUGAGUUUGCUGAGGCUCGUGAAGACUUGGCAGCACUGGAGCAUGACUAUGAAGAGGUAGCCCAAGACUCCAACCAGGAGGGAGAGGAGGACCAUGAAUAUUAAGAAGAUGGGAAAGUUACCACACUGAGGAAGAAACCAAGGAAUAUUAAAAGUUCAGGAGAGUUACGCAGUUAAGAUUGAAGACAAUGAAUAGUGAUACCAGGAAGAAUAAGUGUUAGAAAGGAAAUGAGGAGGAUUAAAGAAGAGAAAUGUUUUGAAGCUCAGAAUAAGAACGGUACAUUAUAGUAUGUUUAUGAGAAGCCAAGAGGAAAGGUUUGAAUGAAGUAGACAACACAGUAAGUAGGACGACAAUUUACUGUGUAGAUGAGAGGUGAGGAGUGAACAAGGAAGAUAAUCCUUACUAGUGACUAAUAUUCACUGAUUUACACUUCAAAAUUAGAUGAAAUAUUAGGACCAAAACGUAUAGUGAAGUCAUUGUAUGAAAGAUACUGGGGACGGAGAAUACAGGGUAAUUCUCUAGCUUUAGCCAAAGAAAUUCUACUUAUAUUAAUAUGAAUGCCAAAGAUCUACUACUGUAAUCUACAACCAUCCUUGAGAGAUGGUGCUGUGUGUGUGACCAAUCAGAUUCAAGUACAGAUUCCCACUCAAGUUUGGUUUUAAGAAUACGGUAAGAACAUCCCAAAGAGCAUCAGCGAAAACAUGUUGAGAACCACUUUAAAACUUAGCUUGAAGACCAUAAUUUGGUAAAAUGAAUUUGAAAACAUAUUGGUAAUUCGCUUCCAUAAUUUAUGAUGCAUCGUGUGCAACAGGCGAGAAAUUCUUGAUCAGUAUCUGUGACGUGUAGAAGAUGUCCACCAAGGGUUAGUUUCCCACUCGGCCACCAAGUAGACACCAGUGAUUUGUAAAUGCUUAUUGACACAGGUUAAUGCCCCAGCCACAACUCUUCAGAUAGAUGAAAUAGCAUAUGUAAAGAGAUAAAUGCUUUUUGAUAUAUGGAGGAAGUUGUAAGUGGGAUAAUUAACAGCAUAAUGUUCUUUAUAAUAUGGCUACCAGACAAUCAAGAUUUAAGUACAGUAUUGUGUUUAGAACAUCAAGAAUUUUUGUCUUCUGAACUUUACCUGUUGCCAAUGAAUUUAUGACAUUUAAAUGCUCAACUAAGUGAUUUUCAUUCACUUUAAUUGCUUUUGACACAACAAGCAAGUGCAUUUAUGACCACGACAGCCACUUGAUAGAGGCCGGCAUUUAUUUAACUGUAGUGUUGAUGAUAUGUGUUAGACCUUAAUGUAUACCUUAAUAUUGCUUAUAUUACACAAGAUAUACAUAAAUCCUGCUCCUUUUUUGCACAAUGAUUAUAAUUCACACUGUGUCUUAUUUAAUGUGUAAGUAAUAAAAUGAAUAAUUAUGGUUUUUUCUCCUGCUCUUAUUAUUAAUGGUAAGGAAUAUUUUCUACUCAUUUUGUAUAUUUCUUCAAUAAAGUUGUAUAAAUCA